UCCUCAAAAUCUGUAUUGGCAUCACUGGCCGACAUGUGUGAUGGUUGGUUGACUGAACGGUAUUGUAGCCAAGCUAAGCUAACUACCCACAUUGAGAGAAACGGACAGACAUACGUCUAGCCUUUCUGAUGUUUUGGAAUUAACUUCAAAUUGUAAAUAGCCUUCUUGUUGUACCAGACCAGUCCACAAGUCUGCCAGCCAGCCAGCCAGCUUGUCAUCCACUCAGCCAGCUAGACAACCAAACACCAGCCGUGUAUGAUUUUAAUUGCCAUUUCAGUUUCAGUUGCCAAAUGAUACAGUUCGAAACGUGAUUGGUUGAAAAGAAAACAAAAAAACAACAAAAAAAUGCCCUGUUCCAGUUUUGUUAAGCGCCGUCGCCGCUCUACAGCUGUUGCUGUAACUGUGACAAUUGUGGUUAGCUUGGCUUGUCUCAACUGCGUCUUGGCGGGGACCUAUCGUAGCAGUGGAAUUUACUCAGCACCAGCUUUGCCACCACAAGAGAUUGAGUAUGGCGGAGCAACGGCAUAUGGUUAUGGUGCACCCGAUGCACAAUCAGUUGGAGCACCAAUAACACGAAAAUCACAAGCAUUUCAAAUUGUCAACCAAUGGAAAUAUUUGGAUUUUGAAUACCCCACCUUUGGUCAGAGACAAAAGGCUAUUGCCAAUAGAGAAUUCAUAGCCGAAAAUAAUCUACCCUUGGGUGUUGACUUCUAUAAAGAUCGCAUAUUUAUAACAACUCCACGCUGGAAGGAUGGUGUCCCCGCCAGCUUUGGCUGGUUGCCAUAUCCACCACAGGAAGAAAGUCCUCCAAUACGUCCAUACCCGAAUUGGGAGGCCCAUGGCGAUCCCUACAAUCCAGAUUGUUCGAAACUUAUUUCUGUCUAUCGUACCCAAAUCGAUGAUUGUGGUCGAAUAUGGUUAAUUGAUUCGGGCAUUGUCAAUGCCACGGUAAGCCUUAGCCAGGUGUGUCCCCCGAAAAUUGUGGCCUUUGAUUUGCGCACCAAUCAAAAGGUGGUCCAGUAUCAAUUCCCUGCCGAUCAGGUGAAGCAAGAUAGUUUGCAUUCCAACAUUAUUGUGGAUGUUCAUCGUAAUCGUUGUGACGAUGCCCAUGCCUAUGUGACAGAUGUCUGGCGUUUUGGCAUUGUUGUGUACAGCCUGAAGAAGAAUCGUAGCUGGCGUGUGACCAAUUACAAUUUCUCACCCGAUCCAGUGGCCUCGGAUUUCAAUGUGUUUGGUUUGAAUUUCCAAUGGUUGGAUGGUGUGUUUGGCAUGAGUUUGUCGCUGGCCAAGACUCCCGAUGAGGAGAGGAUUUUGUAUUUCCAUCCCAUGGCUAGUUUUAAGGAAUUUGUGGUCUCCAAUGCCCUGCUAAAGGACGAAAGCCUCUGGCCAGCCAAGGCCCAGGAUUUGGCCAAAUAUUUCCUGCCCAUUGGGGAACGUGGUAUCAAUGGCCAGUCAUCCACCUCGGGAAUCGAUCGCAACGGUGUCAUGUUCUUCACCCAAGUACAUCGUGAUGAUGUUGGCUGUUGGAAUACCAAAAAGCCAUAUGAUGCCACCAACUUGCAUCGCUUCCUGGAGGCAGAGGGCAAUAGUACGCUCAUACAAUUUCCCAAUGAUUUGAAAGUCGAUCAUGAACCGAAACAAAGUGUGUGGGUGAUAAGUAACCGUCUGCCCGUCUAUCUUUAUAGUCAGUUGAAUUAUGAGGACAUUAAUUUCCGUAUCUUGAAGGCGGAUGCUGACACCUUGGUUCAGGGUACUGUCUGUGAUACUCGCAAUUAUGGGCAUCAUCAUCACCGGCAUGAGUUGGUGCCGGAGUAUCUAUUUCAUUGAAGACAUUUUUGGGACAAUCUAAAUGGAAUUCCAAGUCGAAUUACCAUAAAUCCCCCGUAAGGAGUUCCAUUUAGUAAGUCAUUGUUGAAUUGUUGUGAGUUCUACAAAAAUUUUAAAUUUCAAAAAAAAAAAAAGUUGUAAAAAUGUUAAUCCAUCAAUCCAUCGUAAACUCUUGUAAUAUUUGAAAUUUCAGUAAGGAAAUUGGAAAUACGCUUCUGCAAUUAUGACUUGUAUUACCUGUAGUUGGAUACAUACAAUGUAAUAUCAUGGCUAUACAUUUUUCGAAUCCAACUGCAGUUAAUAUUAAAAAAAUGGAAAUAAAAUGUGCGACCAGAUAUUUAAAUUCCAGGACUAGCAAGAAUCUACCAGGCUGGCAAUUUUCUCCGAUAUCAUAAAGGGAAUUUCGGAUAUCGUUGUAAAAACGUUUACAUUCUUGCAGUUCUGGAAUAGAACAUUACUGACCGGUUUUUUAUAAGCCAUUUAGAUUUUCUAUUUAUACCCUACACCACAAGGUGGUCAGGGUAUUAUGUCUUUGUGCAUUUGUUUGUAACAGGCAGAAGGAAACGAGAUAGACCCAUAGUUCCUUUUGAUGAUCUGCAUAGAAUCACAUUCUGAGUCGAUUUAUGCAUGUCCGUCCGUCCGUCCGUCUGUCCAUGUAUUUUUGUAAACAAAGUACAGGUCGCAUUUAUUGCCCGAUCCAGAUGAAAUUUUGCAAAGAUCUUUUGUUUGCCCCAAGGACGAACCCUAUUGAAAUUGGAGAUAAUCGGUCAAAAUUUAGAUAUAGCUCCCAUAUAUAUCUUCGUCCGAUUCGAAUUUUAUUGUGCACCAAACGUGUAAUAUCAGCCCGAAUUGUAUGGAAUUUUGCAUAUACACACAAAUUAGGCCUGAAAAUAUGUACGCCAAAUUUGAUCGAAAUCGGUUCAGAUAUAGCUAUAGCUCUCAUAUAUAUAUUGUUCAUCCGAUUUGUUAUUUUUGUCCACCGCCGCCGUAAUAUGCACUAUGCAACAACAAUAUUUGGGGAAAUAUAUCAAAUACAGCUCAGAAAUACAUUUGCUAAAUCUUAUCGAGAUCGGUUCAGAUUUGGAUAUAGCUCCCACAUAUAACUUCGUCCGAUUUACCUUUUAUUGUGCACCAAACGUCUAAUAUUUGUCCAAAUGGGAUGGAAUUUGGCACUUACGACCGAAUUGAGUCUAGAAGCUAGUAUGUCAAAUUUGGUGAAGAUCGGUUCAGAUAUAGCUAUAGCUUCCAUAUAUAUUAUUCAUCCGAUUUUUUGUAUUUGUUACCCACAACCGUAAUAUGCACUCCGUAACAACGAUAUUCAGGGAAAUAUAUCAAAUACAGCUCAGAAAUAUCUUUGCCAAAUUUUAUCGAGAUCGGUUCAGAUUUGGAUAUAGUUCCCAUAUAUAUUUUUAUCCGAUUUCAAAUUAAUUUCACACCAAAUGGGCAAUACAAGUCCGAAUUUAAAAGAUACAAAUGCUUCGGCAUAUUUAGUCCUUUGAACUUUAAAUUAUAAUUAUAAUCAUAGCGUGUAUGAUUGAAUUCUCCCAUAAAAACUUUUACUUGUUAUGUGGAGCUCUACUUAAUUAGCAAAGUGGUGUAGGGUAUCAUAAAGUCGGCCCCGCCCGACUUGAAGACUUUCUUUACUGGUUUUACAUUAUAGUCGAUUCAAUGGGUCAAUAGUUCAUAACGAAUGAUUGAGUUUGCCUUGAGCCGAUUUUGCGUCAAUUUGACGUAGAAAAACUUACAUAGACAAUUUAAAAUAUUUUUUUAGAAUCGCAACUUUUUGGCAUUGCUUUCACAUUCAUAUUCAGGGAAAAGGGUGUUGAUAAUUAGAAUACCUAUUUCAUAAGCAAUUUUCAUUAAACAUAAGUAUUUUGUUUACACAUUUUAUUAUUAUUUUCCCAUUAUUUUCCCAUAUAAAUAAUAUACAUACCCUAUUUUACUAUAUAUAAAAUAAAUGUUCACUGU